AUUUGAUUUGAUUUGUAGUACAUUGGGCUUGAAUAAAUUCAAUUUUUUACUAUUUACAAUUUGAAAAUAUUUACUGCAUCCAGGUGAAUUAUUAUUUCACACAGAAUUUCAAUACCAGCUGAAUAUAAGUUUCGUUGGCCUACGUUCAAUUUAUAGGACUUGUUGCGUUAGUAAUAAAUUUUUUAUAUCCGUGCUAAUAAACGCCGCCAAAAUUAAUUACUACUCGAAAUACAACGGAUCUAUCUCGAGUAUGGCUAAGCCAGUAUUAUAUUCAUACUGGCGAAGCUCAUGCUCAUGGAGAGUGCGGAUAGCACUCAACCUGAAAGAGAUACCAUAUGAUAUAAAAGCUGUGAGCCUCAUAAAGGGCGGUGGAGAGCAACACUGCAAUGAAUACAGAGAAGUCAACCCCAUGGAACAAGUUCCGUCGCUGGUUAUAGAUGGGCAUACUUUGAUAGAGUCAUUGAGUAUAAUGAAUUACUUGGAGGAGACAAGACCCCAAAGGCCACUAAUGCCACAAGAUUGCUAUAAAAGGGCAAAAGUUCGUGAAAUUUGUGAGAUAAUAUCAUCAGCAAUUCAACCCCUACAGAACUUAAUAGUUCUAAUCUAUGUAGGGGAAGAGAAAAAGAAAGAAUGGGCUCAACACUGGAUAAUGAGAGGAUUUAGAGCUAUUGAGAAACUCCUGUCCUCCUGCGCCGGGAAGUACUGUGUUGGUGAUGAGAUCACUCUAGCAGACUGCUGCCUUGUGCCACAAGUUUUUAAUGCUAGAAGAUUUCACGUAGAUCUGCGUCCAUUCCCAAUAAUUCUGCGCAUAGAUCGUGAACUCGAGAACCUUCCAGCAUUCCGCGCCGCGCACCCCUCCGCUCAGCCGGACUGCCCGCCCGAGGUUGCCAAAUGAACCGACGCAAACGCCCACUACUGGGCGACGCACCCCAUUCACUACUUAUAACAGUAAAGCGAAGACCGUCUUACAAUUUCUUGAACAAGAGCAUUUUCAUUUUGAUGUUCGAUAACACAUGUUAUAGUCUAAGAUCCGGCAGUAGGAAUGUAUACCCUCAUCUGUUAUUCAUUAGUGCUAUGAAAUAAAUUAUAGAUAAUGUUCACAGCGACAUAUUGCAAAUAGGUUGCGUAGUUAAUUUGCGGCCAAACACAUUGUUCAAACAAAAUCUAGGAAACCAUGAACUAGAUCAAAGGCAACCUAAUACAGUUAAAUUAAGCAUAAAACAAGUUUUUCUUUGACAUAUUAGAUGACUAAAUAACUGAUAAGGGUAUAUAAAUACUCGUAACAUUACUUAACCUGGCAACCCCACAGUUGUUAAAGGAGGCACCUUUAUUUUUUUUUUUCAAUUCUUUAACGUAUGUUCUAUUUACUAGUGUACAUUUUUUUAAUUAUCCAAUGACGGAAAGAGAUGAAAUAAAUUGAAAAAAAAAAAACAUUUAAUACUGUUCGGCCCCAAUUUAACUAUAUAUAUAAUAUAUUAUGUAUGUACAAUGUGUUAAUGUGAAUAUUGUCCAUCAUUUAUUUCUUAUCUCAAUUAAAUAACAGAUGAGUACAUAUUUCUUGCUGGUUUUCGUACCAUUAUAAGAUUGAAAAUGCACAAUCAAAACAAAUUUUUAUAACCAAUAUGCAUGAUCUAGUCGUAAAUAAUUAGUAGUUAAUAAUCAUUAUUAAAAAGGGUUAUACAAGGUUUCAGGAUAGGGCAAGAUUGAAUUAAUUUUAA